AGUUGGAGUAAGAAAACCCAUCUGAAACGUCUCCUUUCUCCCAAUUCCUUCUCCAGCGUCCGAUCUCCAUCCUUCAACUCUCGCGCCUAAUUCUCUCUCCAUAUCCUUCCUUCCUUCUCCUUUAUAUAUUCUCUUGUUUUUAACAUUCCCAUCUUCUGUUUUGUGGUUUUGGAAGUUCUAGCAUUUGGGAUGGCAGAGGGUCCAGCUAGUCCAGGUGGAUAUGGGAGUCAUGAGAGCGGCGGGGAUUUGAGCCCGGCUAAUGUUCGAGAACAGGAUAGGUUCUUGCCGAUUGCGAACAUUAGUAGAAUCAUGAAAAAGGGAUUACCAGCUAAUGGUAAAAUGGCCAAGGAUGCUAAAGAGACUGUUCAGGAAUGUGUUUCUGAAUUUAUCAGUUUUGUCACUAGCGAGGCGAGUGACAAGUGUCAAAGGGAAAAGAGGAAAACGAUCAAUGGUGAUGAUCUUUUAUGGGCAAUGGGAACCCUAGGGUUUGAAGAGUAUAUCGAACCACUUAAGUUAUACUUGAACCGAUAUAGAGAGAUCGAGGGUGACACUAAGGGAACCCCUAAAGGUCAGGAAGGAUCAGCUAGGAGAGAUGGGGUGCAGCUCGAUCAUAAUGCACAGCUUGCUCAUCAAGGUUCGUACUUGCAGGGAUUCGAUUAUGGGAACUCGCAGGGUCAGCAUAUGAUGGUUAAGAUGCAAGGGAGGGAUUAGCAUUUUGUGGUUUGGUGGCCCAUGGUCAAAAGUUAAAACCCGUUUAGCACCUCAGCAGUCCGUGUUCUAAACUAGGGCAUGUACUAACUACUAAGUAUGCCCUUGAUUCGUUAGGCUAUGUAAUAUCAUAUAUAUACUUUAAUUCAAACUGUUUGGUGGAUUUUGAAGAAAUUGCUUCUAACGAAUGUAUUAUGUUUUGGAGGUGUUUAAA